AAAAAAAAAAAAAAAAAAAUAUCAUGCCGGCUGCUUGGUUACGACUAAACUUCGCACAUGUACUUGUAUAGCCCUUUAGACCACAAAACAAUUCAUUGCUUAUAUUUCUGCUGCCUUUCUUCAUUGCAUAGAAUUUUCGAUCCAUCACCAAUAUCAAUUAGUAAGCAGCAUGUCCAUAAACCCACCAAAUCAGGACUCCUACGACAAGGUACGGGCCACCGGUGUUCCGGUGAAUCCUCAACCUCCCCUCCAUCAACACCACCAUGCACUUGAAGGAGGCUGGUCCUCAGGCCUUUGUGGUUGCUGCUCCGACGUCAAAAAUUGCUGUAUAACAUUCUGGUGCCCCUGCAUCACUUUCGGACAGAUUGCUGAAAUUGUAGACAAGGGAGCAACAUCCUGUGCAACUAGUGGAGCUCUCUAUGGGCUACUUGCAUGUUUUACUGGUUGUGCCUGCAUUUAUUCUUGCUUCUACAGAUCUAAACUAAGAAAGCAAUAUAUGCUACAAGAGAGGCCUUGUAAUGAUUGUCUGGUUCAUUGUUGCUGCGAGACUUGUGCCCUUUGUCAAGAAUACAGAGAGCUCCAAAGCCGCGGAUUCGACAUGUCUAUCGGGUGGCAUGAAAAUGCACAGAGAAUGGCUGCAACUCCGGCUACGGCACCGGUGUUCGACGGAGUCAUGAAUCGAUAGAAUUGAUUAUCUACUUCCAUUCGUGGUUAAUCAUAUGUUAAUUAUAGUGUGAAUAGUAUAACUUAAGGCUCAAAAUCAUGUUUGUCAUGGGAAUCCUUAUCACGAUUGUGAAUUUGUGAUCAUUUUCAACGUCGUCACUGUUUUUUAAUUUGUCUUUUUUUUUUUUUUUUGCUCA